CUGCAUUCACAUUACAUAAUAUAUUUCCUUAAUCCCUUUUCAUAUCUAUUUGAUUGCUUUUCUACAAACAACAAUUCAUUAGCAUUAAUUUUUUUACUGUGUGCUUUCUGUGCUCAUUCUCUAGAUAUUUUCCAGCAAAAGGAAAUACAUUGCGAUCAGGACAAGCCCCAUUUUUCGAAUGGUCUUUUUUUUUAUAUUUUAAAAAAGAAAAUAGUGAUCCAUGCACAUUUUAUUUUGGUGCAAAUGUUUUUUUUUAGUUUGAAUUAAUGUGGGGUAAUGAGAUUUUAAUUUGAAUUUAAUUAUUACAAUUAUUACUUUGUUUCGUAGCAGAGCAAGAUUCUUGGCUUGUAAAUGAAGUUGUGUGAAGGGUAGCUAGUGGUUCUUUCUAAUCAAUCCAUUGAAGAUAAAUUAUUAAAAGAUGACCUUCUCUUAUCUGACUAAAUCAACCUUAUUUAUUUAGUUUAAGAGUCUUGAGCUAAAGCUAGGAAGCAGCAAAAUUCCCUUUUGUUUUGGGUAGAGUCAAUUCAUCAUCAAGUAGGAGUUGAGUGAGGAAAUGGAAGCCACUGAGCAGAACAAACCCAAGGUGGUGGUGAUUGAUUCUUUGCGAUCAUGGGAACACCAUCUCACCGAGGCUUCUAACCAGAAUUGCCCUGUUGUGGUUCACUUCACAGCUUCAUGGUGCAUGCCAUCGGUGGCUAUGGUACCUGUUUUCGAAGAACUGGCUUUGAGCUAUCCGGAUAUUGUGUUUCUCACUGUUGAUGUUGAUGAGGUCAAGGGGGUGGCCACGAGAAUGGAUGUAAAGGCAAUGCCAACAUUUUUACUUCUAAAGGGCGGUGUUGCAGUGGAGAAGGUGGUUGGUGCCAAUCCAGAGGAGAUAAAGAAAAGGAUAGAUGGGGUUGUUCAGUCCAAUCGUGUGUUAGUAGCGUAGUGGUAUUUUACUGUUGCAAGUUGUAAGAUAUGUGCUUGUGGUCCUGCACUAUGGCAUCGGGGUCAAAGCCUUUUAUGAUGUUAUAUGUUGAAUAUUAGUUCAAGUGUAAUUUCCAAGUUUCAUUAGCUUAAUGCUUUUGUUAAUCUACAACUUUUAUUUCAGCUGAAAUUUUGCUUUUUAUGGUUUUGAGUUUUGUGCUCUUUCCCUGGAAGUUGUGAUUUCAAGGGCCGUGUGCUUUUUUGUAUUGGUUCUUUGGCUAAUGAAAGAAAAAUACAACCAUCACAGAUGUCCAUG